ACUGAACACCCCUCCUCCUUCCCAUAUAUACUAAAAUGAAUUCAUUCUAUCUUAUGCAUUUUUGGUACAACAAUAUCCACCAUGAAGCUUCAUACCAUUCCUGACUUUCAUAAUGGAAAACUCCCACCACCCAAUUCACUCAAGAAAUUUCUUCUUCUACUCCUAUACUUCAUUCUCUUAACUACAAUCCCAUUUUGUCUAAGAAAUACUUCUCCUUUUUCAUUAUUGUCUCCCCCUGAGAGUGAUGAUAUCAGUAGCUUGGAAGAAGAUGAUUCAAGCAAGACUUGUAAUGUCUUUAAUGGAACUUGGGUUCCAUAUUUUGAAGAGCCUUAUUACACCAAUGAAACUUGUAAUUUGAUCAUUGAUCAGCAGAAUUGUCUCAAGUUUGGGAGACCCAAUAAGGAGUUUUUGAAUUGGAGGUGGAAACCAGAUGAGUGUGAGCUUCCUUUGUUUGAUGCUGUUCAGUUUUUAGAGCUUGUUAGAGGGAAAUCACUAGCUUUUCUUGGUGAUUCAGUUGGAAAGAAUCAAAUGCAUUCUUUGUUAUGCCUUUUAACCAAAGUGGCAUAUCCAGAAGAUUUAUCAGAUAGAUAUUACACAGACACAUCUUAUUUCAAGCGCUAUUUCUACCCUGAUUACAACUUUACUAUGGGAACACUUUGGGCACCAUUUCUGGUCAAAUCCAUAGAGUCAGACUCCAAUGGCUACUCACCCAAUAGUCAGAUGAACCUGUACUUAGAUGAGCCUAAUGAGGGUUGGUUAAAUGAUGUUGAGAAGUUUGACUAUGUGAUUGUCUCGGCCGGCCAAUGGUUCUUUCGGCCAACCAUGUUACACGAGAAUGGCAGCCUCAUCGGCUGCUCAACUUGUAAGUAUGACAACCUCACAACCUUCACACCUUAUUAUGCAUACAGGAAGGCCUUCAGAACUGUCUUUAGAACUCUCUUAGGCCUUGAAAACUACAAGGGGGUUACCUUUUUGAGGACUUUUUCGCCUUCUCACUUCGAAAAUGGAGCGUGGAACGAGGGAGGGAACUGUGUGAGGACUAGGCCUUUUGCCAGAGAAGAACUAAAGGUUGAUCAGUACAUAUGGGAUAUGCAUUCACCUCAGGUUGAGGAAUUUAGAGUUUUUGAAGAGCUCGGGAAGAAGAGAGGUUUGGAGUUCAAGCUAAUGGAUACAACUGAGGCUAUGUUGAUGAGACCUGAUGGACAUCCUAACUUCUAUGGACACUCACCACACAGGAAUAUGACUUUAGCAGACUGUGUACACUGGUGCUUGCCUGGCCCCAUUGAUGUUUGGAAUGAGUUUUUACUCUACUUUUUGAGAACUCAGCAGAGUUCUCUUGAUGGUAAAACUAUAGAAGUAUGAUUCUUAAGAAACUAUACAUAUAUAAAAUAUAUAUAUACUUGUUUACCAUAUACAAUGUUUAGGAAAUAUAUAAUUUAAGCACAGUUGUGUUAGAUAAAGUUUCAGAGAGAGAGAUGUCUGUCAUGUACAUGUGGACAGUUCAUAAUUCAAUUACACUUGAAAAGUCAAUUUUUUAUUCAUCAUAA